AUGGCUCAACCAAUUGCUUUCAGUUCAGACGACGUGCUUGAAGCAUAUAACGCGGUAGUCAAUAAUAAAGCCAAUUGGCUACUACUUGCGUAUGAUGUCCAACCCGAAACCUUCCGACUCUAUGGGUCUGGAAGCAAUGGGCUUUCAGAGCUCAAGAGCCGGAUAGAAGACCCAGACCAAGUUUUGAUUGGAUUCUAUCGAGACGAGGCCCGGUCCGAUGGCUUCAUUAUUCUCAACUACGUACCUUCCACCGUUUCCGGCGUGAGAAGGGCACGGUGUCAGGUACACUCGCGUCGAAUUGGGACAAUAUUUGAGGCCCAUCGUACUUCACUAACCGUCGACCACCUUUCUAAUCUAACACCCACCGCUAUUCGCCAGGCUCUUGCCACACCGGACUCAGUGCACGUUAUUCAGCUCGAACGACCGCCUCCCGAGUCAGUAGACGAAAUGGGUCAACUUUCGAGUCCACCUGCUUCCGGGUCGUCACCACCUCCAUCUGCAAGAGGACCAGGCACUGUCUUCUCAUCGCUGCUUCGUCGCAAAAAGAAAGAAUUGGAACCUGAUAUGGGCGUCAUUGAACCAUUCAAUAUCCAUUUGAACGAUGAAACUCCUCCCCCUCCGCCACCCAAGGACAGAAUAAAGAGGUCUAAUUCGGCUCAACCGACUUCUUCUUCUCCCAAACCUAUCGUCACUCCCAGACCCACGCCACCACGGCCAGUACCCCAGCCGAUUGCCACUCAGUCCCGCCCACGCAGUAACUCAGACUAUACGGUCAUCAGCCAAUCGUCAUCUAGUUCAGACGAGGUCGUCGUUGUACGGCCACAGGUUGCAGCCCCACCUCGCAGCCCCGCAAUCAAGAAGCGGUCGGUUACAUUACCAACCAAGUGGAACACUGAAUCUAUGACUCCGCAAGAACGAGCAAGAAGACGGAAAGAGCAACAGCAGCAACGGGAGCUCGAGGAGCGACUGGCCAUCGAAGAAGAAGCGGAACGGCAACGGCAAACAAAACAACAAAAGGAAGCUCUUUUAAAAGAGCUUGAGCUUGAGGAGGAAGAACGUCGCGCCUCCCUUGAAAAAGAGCUCAAAUUUGUAGCCGCUAAACGCCGACAACGCGAACAACUUGAUCGACUCGAAGAUGAGCGAAAGAAACGCGAAAUCCAGGAAAAGAAGCGACUUGACCGAGAAAGGAGACUGGCUGAACACCGACGUUUAGAGCAAUGGCGCAAGGACCAAGCUGCUCAUAUUGAAGAGGAAGCUCGGCUGGCGGAGCUUUCUCGUCGCAAAGAAACAGAGGAGCACAAAAAGAAGAUCCAACUUGCUGCCACUAAAGCAAAGAACGCCAAAGGUAAUCCGGAAUUGCUGAGUGGUUUUGUGACCAUGCAAUACGGAGAUUCGCUUGUCUGGCGGCGAAGAUACUACAAAUUUAUGGGGACAACCGUGUUUUUCUAUCGCAGUCCAAAGGAUCUAACGCAAAUCUUAGAGCAAGUAGACAUGCGCGGUCAGAUUCGUGCAUUGAAGGAGUGGUACGAAGGCUUCGAGGAUCUCAAAGCUAUCCCACAUGCGUUCGCGAUUGACUUCAAGGGCGACAGAGAGCCUUGGUCCCUGUUUACCGAUUCUGAGGAGGAGAAAUAUAAGUUGCUGGGCUUACUCCAAGUGAACGGCAUGUGA